GAUUGAUCAGACCGAAUUCCCUAAAACCAUUAAAGGAAUCCAAUGGCUGAAAAUCAACAAAGUGACUCCGUAACCGGUGCCUCUCAUUGCGCACGAUAGCUUGUGGAUUCAAUUUAACCUAUCGUCUACCAGGAGUGCGCAUAACUCUCUCCAGUUGAAGCUACCCGCCUGUUCAAAAGCAGGCACAUCGUCUCUCCAGAACUCAAACCUUUAAUUCAAUUCAAUUUGAUAGGUCUCUUAUAUCUACAAUAUCAUUUGUCUACUAUGGAAAUAAUGUCCAGAUUAACAGAUGUAGUGAAAGAAACUUCUGAAAGUGGCAUGGAUUCAUGCCCAGAUGAUAUUGGAACUGUGGAGGAAGUGCCAGAGGACACAAUUUUGUCACGGCAAACUUCUGUUAACCUUGUCCCUUUUAUUGGUCAGAGAUUUGUUUCCCAAGAUGCCGCAUAUGAAUUUUAUUGCAGUUUUGCAAAGCAAUGUGGCUUUUCAAUCAGACGCCACCGCACUCGAGGAAAAGAUGGUGUAGGUAGGGGAAUCACAAGAAGGGAUUUCACAUGCCAUCGUGGUGGCUAUCCUCAGAUAAAAGCUUCGGAUGAUGGAAAGCUGCAAAGAAAUCGAAAAUCAUCUCGAUGUGGAUGCCAAGCAUACAUGCGAAUAGUUAAAAGAGCUGAUUUUGAUGUUCCUGAAUGGCGUAUAACUGGUUUUAGCAACAUCCACAACCAUGAACUUCUGAAAUCAAAUGAAGUACAGUUACUUCCUGCUUAUUGCACCAUGUCUGCAGAUGAAAAAAGUCGGAUUUGCAUGUAUGCAAAAGCUGGCAUGUCGGUUCGACAAAUGUUGAGGUUAAUGGAACUAGAGAAGGGUGUUAAACUUGGCUGUUUACCAUUCACAGAAAUAGAUGUCAGAAACCUGUUACAAUCUUUUAGGAAUGUUAAUCGAGAUAAUGAUGCUAUUGACCUUCUUGAAAUGUGCAAAUACAAGAAGGACAAUGAUCCCAACUUCAAGUACAACUUCCACAUUGAUGCAAAUAAACGCUUGGAGCAAAUUGCUUGGUCAUAUGCUUCAUCUAUUCAAUCAUAUGAGGCCUUUGGAGAUUCCAUAAUUUUUGACACAACACACCGUUUGGAUACCUAUGACAUGAUUCUAGGGAUUUGGAUUGGGGUGGACAAUCAUGGAACUAAUUGUUUCUUUGGUUGUGUGCUUCUGCGGGAUGAAAAUACAGAGUCUUUUUCCUGGGCAUUGAAGACAUUCUUGGAGUUCAUGGAUGGAAAGGCCCCAGAAACUAUAUUAACUGAUCAAAAUAUGUGGCUUAAAGAAGCCAUUUCUGUUGAAAUGCCAGGGACCAAGCAUGCCUUUUGCAUAUGGCAUAUCAUUGCAAAGUUCUCUGAUUGGUUUUCUGCUCCUCUUGGAUCACAAUAUGAUAAAUGGAAGGCUGAAUUCCACCGGCUCUAUGGUUUGCAGUUGGUGGAGGAUUUUGAACUUGGAUGGAGAAACAUGGUUGAUGCAUAUGGAAUGCAUGGAAAUAAGCACAUCAUCAGUUUAUUUGCAUUGCGCACAUUUUGGGCACUGCCAUACUUGAGGUGCUACUUUUUUGCUGGAAUGACCAGUACUUUUCAGUCAGAGUGCAUAAAUGCUUAUAUCCAGCGGGUUUUGAAUGCUCAGUCUCUUGAUAACUUUGUGGAGCAGGUAGCUGCUGCUGUUGAAUUCAAGGAACCAGGACCAAGACAAAAGACACAAAGAAAGGUUCAUAAAAUCUCCCUUAAAAUGGGAUCUCCAAUUGAAUCUCAUGCUGCAACUGUUCUAACACCUUAUGCCUUUAAUAAACUACAAGAAGAGCUUGUGUUGGCUCCACAAUAUGCAUCACUAAUGGUGGAUGAGAGUUAUUUCAUCGUGAGAAUCCAUACUGAUAUGGAUGGAGGGUGCAAAGUUAUUUGGAUUCCUCAUGAUGAAUUCAUUAGCUGCAGCUGCCAUUUGUUUGAGUUUUCAGGAAUUCUUUGUAGACAUGUUCUCCGUGUUCUAUCAACUAACAACUGCUUUCACAUUCCGGACCGAUAUCUACCUGUUCGUUGGCGUGAUGUCAGUGCUUCUUUGACCAAGCCCUUCCAGACUUUCACUUCAGAAGAACAUGCAGAAAAGGCUCAGUUAUUACAGUCCAUGGUUUCAACACUUCUUACAGAAUCAAUAGAGACCGAAGAACGUCUUGAUGUUGCUUGUGAUCAAGUUGCUGAGGUGUUAUCUCGUAUCAAGGAAUUUCCUAGGCCAGGACAUGGUUGUAAUGAUAUUGGCUAUAAUAGUCCAUCUGACUCUUUGAUACUUCCAGAGGUUGAAGAUUCUGAUGGAUUUGUCCAUGGUUUUGCUGAUGGAAAUUCUCAUGAACCUUUAACUUUGGGAAAGAUGAAAGAGAGAAGACUGAGAGAUGGCAUUAAUAUCUUCAGGAAACGUAGGCGUUGCUCUGUGCCUUGCUGUGGACAGUAUGGACAUGAUGCAACUGAUUGUCCAAUGAUGGAAGGUGGUGAUUUGAAUGGAGAUGGACUAGGAUUUCUGUAGUUAAACUACCCUACAGGUCAGAGUAUGGUGACAGGGCUUCUGUCAAGGCUUGAACAACCGCAAAUCUAGCAGUAUAAGGUCUUGUCAGGUUUCCCAUAUUUUUUUGUGGUCUGAAUUGUGCAUCGCUGAUCUGAGCUGCUUAUGAUCGAUAUUGGUUCAGUAGUUUUUUCUUUUAUGGAUUUGGCUGGUGGAUGAUCUACCUUGGGUGAUUCUAAACCAGGUUAUCAAGUAAAUACAGCAUAUAUUCAAUGAUGGGAUUCUUUUGUGUUAUGCUUUCUCUACUUGUCAUUUUCAAACUUCAUGCACAAUGGUUUCUUGAUUCAUUUCACGGAUGCUUGACCCUUUUCCACUCCUGUGAGAAGUGGUGAUAAUAUGACCACACUGAUGUUUUGCAAUAGCCAAAUCAGGGAAUUCACCGUCUUACUCAAAAGGGAAUUCCGUGUUGAAUGGAUGAUGACGUCGAUUGCCUUGCACUUGCCCUGUCAACCAUUGGUGCUGCAAACCUGUUUGAACGCAGAGACGGAACCGAUAUUGUCUUUCAGUGUUGUCUGCAUUUAUGGAUACUGCUGAUACAGAGUACUGAUGGAUUCUGGUUUUCAGAAUUGCUUUCAUUGAGGGGAAGAGAAGUGGCAAGUGUGGCCACAGAUAGUUUUUCCUUACGAGGGAUUUGGUGAUCUUGGCUCCUUGACUGAUGUUAGACCAUGUGGCUGGUUAUUAGAGAACAAUAGAAACUAAUAUUUAUCUACUGAUAUCUAUUAAGCAUCAGAGUUGUACAUUGGUUUGGAAUGUUACGAAUUCUACAAUAUCCCAUUACACAGAAAUUUAGCACAGAUCAGUACAGUAAAGCACUCAUUCCCUA